CCUCUUGGCAGUUCUCAAUCCUCUCUUUCUCUACUAGUAAGCAGUCAUGGAUUGUCUCCUUCGCUCCGUUCUCCUGCUUCUUGUGCCUUUUCUUUUGUUCUUUGGGGCCAUGUCUGAUGUAUCUUCUAAUGAAUUGGAUGAUCUUCUGAUUCGCCAAGUCGUGUCGAACAGUGAUGAUCUCUUGAGCGCCGAACACCAUUUCGCCGCAUUCAAGGCCAGGUUCCGGAAAACGUACGCCACGGCGGAGGAGCACGACCAUCGGUUUAGCAUCUUCAAGGCUAAUUUACGGCGUGCUAAACGAAACCAGUUGCUUGAUCCUUCCGCCGUGCACGGUGUCACUCGAUUUUCUGAUUUAACUCCGGCGGAGUUUCGGCAAAACUAUCUCGGAUUAAAGCCUCUUCGGUUCCCAAUCGAUACACAACAGGCUCCAAUACUUCCGACGAAUGAUCUCCCUACAGAUUUCGAUUGGAGAGAUCAUGGCGCUGUAACAGCUGUUAAAGAUCAAGGUGAAUGCGGAUCAUGCUGGUCAUUCAGUACAACUGGAGCCUUGGAAGGAGCUCAUUUUCUCGCCACUGGAAAUCUUGUUAGCCUGAGCGAACAACAACUUGUGGAUUGUGACCAUGAGUGUGAUCCAGAAGAAUAUGGUGCUUGUGACAGGGGCUGCAAUGGUGGGUUGAUGAACACUGCCUUUGAAUACAUACUGAAGGCUGGGGGAGUUGUGCGAGGGGAGGAUUAUCCUUACACUGGGACUGAUGGUCAUUGCAAGUUUGACAAAACCAAAAUUGCUGCAUCUGUAUCUAACUUCAGUAUUGUUUCUAUUGAUGAAGAUCAAAUUGCUGCGAAUUUGGUGAAGAAUGGCCCUCUUGCAGUGGGCAUCAAUGCGAUUUUCAUGCAAUCAUACGCGGGUGGAGUUUCAUGCCCAUUCAUUUGCUCAACCAGUUUGAAUCAUGGGGUACUUCUAGUUGGAUAUGGGUCUGCUGGUUAUUCCCCCAUCCGAUUCAAGGAAAAGCCUUAUUGGCUCUUGAAGAACUCCUGGGGUCAAAAUUGGGGAGAGCAUGGGUAUUACAAGCUUUGCAGGGGUCAUAAUAUAUGUGGAGUGGAUUCCAUGGUCUCAACGGUUGCAGCUAUCCAAUCCGCUACUUAGUAGAUUAUAGCUUCUACACAUUUGUUGUUAUUUGUAAUUCUAUGGAUAAACAGUUUCUGUAUAAUAAACAUGGUCUGAUGGACUACAAGAAGCCACUGGUCAUCUAAUAAAAAUGCCUCUUAAAAUAAGAGCUUGCUAUCUUUUGGUUUUUU